AUGUCGAAACAACAAGCACAAAUAGCUCGGACAUUUGAUUUUUGGGGAGGAAGACCGCUUAAACGAACGUCUUCUGAUCUUUUUUUUGAUCGACCUCGACCAACUAAUACAAUAUUUUCAGGUCCUAAUGCUUUAUGGCAUCAACGUUAUCCAUCACGAGAACUUAUUGGAGAUAUUGGUGAAGGUCAAGCAUCGACACUUCGUUCACUUGAUCUCGGUUAUUUAACAAGAGGAUAUCUCAUGGAUCCACCAGUUCGUCGUGCUGAAUAUCCAGGUGAAAUCGGUUGGACAGUAACAUAUUUUCAACGACAAUUCAAACCGACAAAACCGUAUACUACUUGGUAUACUUGA